AUUACUUCUAUGUUCUUCCUUCCCAUAUCUCUGUUAUCCUUUCUUCUUUUCUCUGAUCCAUUCCCCAUGGCUACUGCAAUCAACCACUGCAAUUUCAUAUGCAAACCUCCAAUCCCUGCUCCUUCAAUCCACCCUAAGUUCCUUCCCCUUCAUUCCCUUUCUUCUUCUUUACCUAAUUUUCACACGAAAAACCAUUCGUCUCACAUGAGAGUAUCCUCUCAUGAGAAUCAGCGACGUUUCAUCACGAAAGCCACAGCAGCUUCAGAUGCAAAGAGAAAAGAAAAAUCAGACGAAAGAGUUCAGCGUGUCCACAGCAUUGAAGAGUUCGACGAAGCACUAGAAUCAGCAAAAGAUAAACUGGUUGUGGUAGAAUACGCGAGCAGAGACAGUUCAGAGAGCAUAGAGAUAUAUCCUUUCUUAGUUGAACUAAGUAGAACAUGUAACGACGUUGAGUUCGUUCUGGUAAUGGGAGACGAAUCAGAGAAAACAAAAGAACUAUGUAAAAGAGAGAAAGUAGAAAAAGUACCUCACUUCAGUUUCUACAAGAGUAAGGAGAAGAUACACGAAGAGGAAGGGAUUGGUCCAGAUCAGUUAGUUGGAGAUGUGUUAUACUACGGUGAUAACCAUUCAGGUGUGGUGCAACUGCAUAGCAGAGAGGAUGUUGAGAAAGUGAUUGAGGAUCAUAAGAUUGAUAAGAAACUAAUAGUACUUGAUGUUGGGCUUAAACAUUGUGGGCCGUGUGUAAAGGUUUAUCCAACGGUGAUAAAGCUAUCGAGACAAAUGAGUGAUACGGUUGUGUUUGCGAGGAUGAAUGGGGAUGAGAAUGAGAGCUGUAUGGAGUUUUUGAGGGACAUGGAAGUAAUUCAGGUUCCAACUUUUCUUUUCAUUAGAGAUGGUCAGAUUCGUGGAAGGUAUGUUGGUUCAGGGAAAGGAGAGCUCAUUGGGGAAAUCCUCAGGUACCAAGGGGUUCGUGUCACUUAUUAAAUACAUCUAUCUCAUAUGUGUAUUUAUCAACUUAAUUAAACAUUAUGCCUAAUUGGUCACAUAGCAGCAAUACUUAGGGAUUUUCUCCUUUUCUUUCAUUUUAUGUUCACUGGAUUUGCUUCCUUGUCAUUUCACAAUAUAUUUCUUUACAAUACCAUUGCUCGUUGGGUAUUCA